AUGGAAAUAUCCUCCGACGAGGAGGUAGAGGGGCCACCUGCCCCAAAGGCGACGGGGGUGAGCCUCGUGGACCGGGUCAACAGCUUCAGUUGGACCCCUCCCUACGUUGCCCCAGAGGGGAAAUGGUCGAGCCCUCAGGCCUUGAGCCACAACAACCGCAACUAUUGCGAGUACUGCAUGGUUUGCGGGAAACACGCGACGGAGGCUCAUUUGAUGUCGGCCAGCCACAAUCAUCUCAUGCAGUCGUGGAUCGCGAGGAACCGCCCUGGUUUGAGGCUGCUACCGGACAGGCUUUCGGACCCCGAGAGGGUCGAGAUGAUGAUCCAAUUACGUAUGCCGGACUUGACCGAGCCCGAGAUCAAGAAGGCGAGGGAGCUAGUUCUCCAACCAGCUUGGUUCAGCAACCAACCGGCGAAGGCGGAUGUCUCAACUUUGCCGCCACAGGUCGACGCGAAAGCCACAGCGAAAUCCAGCAAUGCACUUCCUGGAAUCUGGGCGGAACCACCAGAGCCUCCACGAGCAGUGGAGCGGCGUGUGCUUCCAUCACAGCCGGAGGUGCGGCGUGUGAAAGCCAGGGGACGGCCUUGGCCGGACACUCUGGGAGUCCAGCUGCGGGUGGACGCCCCCAAGUUCGCCUACUACGGAUUCGGAGAACUGGGGUGCCUGGACAAUCAAGAAGGCGAAGCCAGCACAGGCUGGCAGCGGGGAUCAACAACCACAGACCCCACCCAAGGCGGUGGAUCCGAAGGGGCUCGGGUCUAUGAUGCCCAAGACACCGCCCAAGACGGCGCCAUUGGUGGCACCUGCGGAGGAGGACACAGAGAUGGCCGAGGACACAGGGAUGGAGCAAGAAGCGCCAUCGCCACCCAACGUGUCGUCGAGUGUGCCGCCUCCGGCACCUCCGCCACCACCGGAUUCGGCUCCACCAACAUAUUCGUGGGUGCCACGCAGCUACCCACCUCCGGGUGCAGUGAUGAGUUCGCCCAGCGGCGAGAGUUUAUACACGAGGAUGAGGCUCGGCAUCUGUACGGAGGCAGAAGCAGACUCCUGGAGGGUUGCAGCGGAGAUGGCCACAGAAUCUCGGCGAGUGCGUCCGCGCACCGCAUUGCCGAUCCCACCUCCUGCUCCUACCGCGAGCCGGCCUACUUCAAGCCCAACGGGGAGCGCUCUGGGGCCACCACCGGCACCGCCACCGGGUGUGCCACCACCGGCACCUCCAGCGGGAACGCGGGUUAUCAACCCGCCGCCACUUCCGCCAAGGAGACCUUCUCGCAGCCCGACCCCGUAAUCUUCUCGCAGCUUUCGAAGCCCGACGCCAUGAAUAAUGGCCUUUUUGCUUUGCCAACGCACCGGCAUGCAUGGAAACAUUCUGGAGUGCACGCUUUGUGUGAGUUCUGCGGUCAGCCAUGUUCAGUUUUCAGUUCCGCUGCUGUUGUUGCCCCGUUGCAGGAAGAGGACCCCCUCAACCAGAAGAAUCACAACAAGGAGCCCGAUACGCAACCAGAGGGUCCGGCCGGUUUGGGUUUAGCAGCAGGGCAGGGAGAGCUGAUCAUGUCACAAGAUCCGGAGACACGCCGUGAGCUGCACAAGCGCCUGUCACAUGUCUCUCAGGGUCACGUCCCAGUACGAGCUGUGAAGCUUGCAACAGAAGCCGAGGGCUGA